AAGGACCAAAACGUUUGGAUUUUUCGAUCAAACUUUGUUUUCCUUCCCUUCAACUUCGUCCAAUUUCUGUUCUUGUCUAAGAAAGCUAGGUUUCCAGCGAAGUCUGCGAUAGCGGCUAGAAUCGGCGAAAUUCAACCCGAGUUCCGCUCGUCACUUCAACCAACAAAUCGUCUCCUGUACUCUCUCCUCCGGAUCCACGUCGCUUCUUCUCUAUCUCCGGCGACAUCCGACAAAUUUCCGGCCGCCUCCCUCUUCUUUCUCCCUCUCAGACCCUUGCGUUUACUCCAGGUAUACUUGCGGCGUAAAGACCGAUUCGUCCGGUUGCUUAUCCGUCUAGAGCAGCUUCUGGUCCGCCUCUCUUCAUCUUGUAUAUAGAAAGAGUAGAGAGGGAAUCCAUUUUGGGGGAAUCAGGAACCAGUAUUCUUAGUUGAUUGAUUAGUUUGACCGGGGGAGAAAAGAAAAGUCUGCAAAGAUGGUGUUGGCAGAGUUGGGAGGGAGUAUCUCCCGAGCUAUACAGCAGAUGAGCAAUGCCACCAUUAUUGAUGAGAAGGCAUUGAACGAGUGUCUGAAUGAGAUCACUCGUGCUCUGCUGCAAUCUGAUGUGCAGUUCAAGCUCGUCCGGGAUAUGCAAACCAAUAUUAAGAAGAUUGUCAAUCUUGACGAUCUUGCUGCUGGCCACAACAAGCGGAGGAUCAUCCAACAGGCAAUAUUCAAUGAGCUCUGCAAAAUGUUGGAUCCUGGGAAGCCUUCUUUCAUUCCAAAGAAAGGAAAAACAAGUGUGGUCAUGUUUGUUGGUUUACAAGGUUCCGGGAAAACUACUACAUGUACAAAAUAUGCAUAUUAUCAUCAGAAGAAGGGCUGGAAGCCUGCUUUAGUUUGUGCAGAUACAUUCAGAGCUGGUGCUUUUGAUCAGCUGAAGCAGAAUGCGACUAAAGCUAAGAUUCCAUUCUACGGAAGCUACAUGGAAUCGGAUCCUGUAAAAAUUGCCGAGGAAGGUGUAGAGAGGUUCAAGAAGGAGAACUGUGAUCUUAUAAUAGUUGACACUAGUGGUCGUCAUAAACAGGAGGCUGCCCUCUUUGAGGAAAUGCGUCAAGUUGCUGAAGCCACGAAACCAGACCUUGUCAUAUUUGUCAUGGAUAGCAGCAUAGGUCAAGCUGCAUUUGAUCAGGCUCAAGCAUUUAAGCAAAGCGUUGCUGUUGGAGCCGUGAUUGUUACUAAAAUGGAUGGUCAUGCAAAAGGUGGUGGUGCUCUUAGUGCUGUUGCUGCAACAAAGAGCCCUGUCAUCUUUAUUGGAACAGGAGAGCACAUGGAUGAAUUUGAAGUAUUUGAUGUGAAGCCAUUCGUUAGUCGUCUUUUAGGCAUGGGUGACUUAUCUGGAUUCAUGGAUAAGAUACAAGAGGUUGUUCCUAUGGAUCAACAGCCCGAACUCCUGCAGAUGCUCUCAGAAGGGACCUUUACUUUAAGGAUUAUGUAUGAGCAAUUUCAGAACCUUCUCAAGAUGGGUCCUAUUGGCCAGGUUAUUUUUGUAUUUUCAAUGCUUCCAGGGUUUAGCUCUGAAUUAAUGCCAAAAGGUCGCGAGAAGGAAAGUCAGGCAAAGAUCAAGCGGUAUAUGACCAUGAUGGACUCCAUGACAAAUGAAGAGCUGGACAGCACGAAUCCAAAGCUGAUGAACGAGUCGCGGAUGAUGAGGAUAGCAAGAGGGUCGGGGCGUCCACUCAGAGACGUGAUGGAGAUGUUGGACGAGUACAAGCGGCUUGCGAAGGUGUGGAGCAAGAUGAAGGGGCUGAAGAUCCCGAAGAAGGGCGAGAUGAGCGCGUUGUCGAGGAACAUGAAUGCGCAGCACAUGAGCAAGGUUCUGCCUCCCCAGAUGCUGAAGCAGAUUGGCGGCAUGGGUGGGUUGCAGAGUCUGAUGAAGCAAAUGGGUGGCGGCAAGGACAUGAAGGACAUGAUGGGAAUGCUUGGAGGUGGAGGCGACAAUUGAAAACAAUCGAGUCUGAGCGGGCGUAGGCAACUUACAAAUUGGGCUUUUUUAGCUUUUCUAUAGCGGUCGGACCAGGCCCAAGUCAGUUUGAAAAUGGACGCAUUUAGCGAUAUACUACAGGCCAUCGCAUAAUGUUUAUGGACUUGCUGGUUGUUAGUUGAGUUUUGGGCCACUGCAGUAACGGUGCAUUUUUGAGACUUUAACAACAAAGACAUGGCCUUUAUAGGCAAUUCCGUUGGCGUGCUUAAAGGGCUUAGUAUGAGCACCAGC